GGUAUUGUUUUAUGUUUGCAGAGAAAAUUAUGAAUGCGGGGUUUUUCUUUUCGUGGAUAAGUGGAUAAGUUCUUAUGGCAUAUCUGGCGAACUGAAAGUAUAGUGUGUAAUAAGGUAGCAUGAAAGAGUAAUUGAAGCGAUAAAAGGUGUGAAGCAGAAUUGCAUGAGCGCCGAAAAGAACAGCAAAAAUUCCUACAUUGGCAAAGACUUUUGCAUUCUGCUACCGAAACUCUUGCGCUGGAAGAACAAUAAAAGUUGCACAAAGUGCAUUCAGUAACUUACGUAGAAGAAGGAAGUUUAAUCGUUAAAUUACAUGCGAACAAAUCUUUAUAAAAAUACAAAUGAAAUUAAACGAUUGCCGAUUGUAAGCAGAUGAAAUCUUCUAUGGUCAAAGGGGUACGAGAACUCAAUCUAGUGUGCGUAUGUGGAGAAAGUGGCGGUGGAGCGGGUGUACGUACCAUUGUUUUGUGUAGUGUUAGUGGCAAAGUAUUUAUUUUUGGAUAAAAUAGAAAUAUAAAAAAGAAACGAAAAUGCCAAAUACCGAAAGCAUUAACUUAGCCUUGUCUGAAAUUUAGCUAGUAAAGGAGAAACAUCAGUCAAGGAACUUAUGAAGUGAACUGAACCAACAAAUAUCACAAUUGAAUAUUAGUGAGUUUCGUGAUAUAUAAAUUGGCAUUUUUCUGAAAGAAAAGACUCUCCCAAGUGUAAAAGGUAUUAGUGUAUCUGCAAUGGCAACGGAGAAGUUACGCAUAACAUUAAACAACCCGGAAAAAGUAUAUUCUGCUGGCGACACAAUAAAAGGCGAAAUCUGUUUAAAUCUAACCAAGCGCACAAAAAUACGUGCUAUAAAAGUGCAAAUUACUGGCAAAGGCAAAUGCAAAUGGAUAGAAAUAUUACGUAAAAAUUCCAACAAUGAAUCAGCGCGAAGUCUCUUCUACUCCAGCAAAGAAAUUUACGCACACAAUGAGCACACACUGCCCGUGUUUGAGCCGCGUGGCAUUGAAUUGAAUCCCGGUGAACACAAUUUCGAAUUUACUGUACCACUCGAAUACAAUCUACCAUCUAGUUUUAAAGGUAGUUACGGUUCUAUAAAGUAUAAAUUGCGUAUAGUCAUCCAAAGGCCAUGGACUUUCGACGAACGGCACAUUAUACCGCUAACUGUGCUAAAGCAUAUGCCGCUGUCACCGUGUUAUCGUUCGAAUCCCACCUCGUUGGAAAAGCAAAUUACCAAAACGAUUAGUCUAUUUGGCACACGUCCCAUAACAAUGCUGGCAUUGUUGCCGGAAGAUUCAGCGGUACGUGGUGAACCUUUGCGUAUUUGUGUCACUGUCACCAAUAACAGUACGACAAAUGUGGAGAAACUACGAUUCAGUGUGCUACAGUAUAUCUGGUAUUACAGUCAUGUACCGUUACGUGUGCAAAAAAUGGAAUGCGUACCACUAGUCAAUAAAGAGACUGGUGCAGUGCAUAAGAAGAGUGAACGUUCCUUUGCACAUGAGCUAAUGAUACCGCCUACGACGCAACCGUCCGAUGAUGAGCUAAGCGGUGUUAUAAAUAUAUCGUAUGAGUUGCGUGUAGAAGCGGUGCUGCGUGGCUUUUUUAAGAAUCUCAUACUUAAUUUACCCUUUAAGAUGUAUUCCAGUGGCGCUACCGCUGUACUUAAUAAUCUAUCUGGUGGUCCACCAAGACCGCCACCUCGAUAUGGCAAUCGUAAUAGUGCUAACAUUGGCAUGGUAGCGAAUGUCACAAUGAACGGUGCAGGCAAUCCAUUUGAGAAUAACGCUACACCAUUGAGCAUUGCAACUUAUCCUUCACUUGAUUCAUCCAUCGGCUCGCCAUCGCACUCCUCACAAUAUAGCGAAUACAGUUCAUUACGUUCAGUUAAUUCCGAUUCUUCUGCGGCAAGUCCCGCCUUAGCGGGAGAUAUUUCAUAUGUCUCUGGCAUAUCCUCCAACUCCUCUACGACGACAUUAAGUCCGGCUUUGGCUGGUGACCUUUCAUAUGAAUCUUGCGCAUCGCCACAAUUUAAUAGUCCUUCGGCGCGUGCUAGUCUGCGCAGUUCAACGGUACCCUACGUUAUGUAUCCACCUAGUAGUAGUCCACUCAUGAUCAACUCUUAUCCGCCAGCACAAGUGCCAACGUAUCCGUCACUAUCGGAAUCACCUGGUUAUUCGCUGAUGCGUUUACCCGAAGACAUAUUACCUCCACCACCCAUUACACCGCCCUCAGGGUCCACAGUGGGCACAUUGGCGCGCCAGGAAUCUGCUACAUCAGCCACAACCGCAGCAGCGCGUUCGUCAUUUUUGCACGGAAUGCAGCCGCCAGGAGCGCAUGAACUGCCACCAUCUUACGAAGAACUCUUCGGCUCCGCCACUGCACCACCUGAAACACCGAAAUGAUACUGUAACUACUUUCAGAUAUAAAAUACUUUGUCUAAUAAUUCACUAAACACCACUACGGCGCCAAAAGUUACUAGACCCACCCAGGAAAGAGUAGAGUAUGGACCACUCCUCUUGUUCUAAAUGAAGUAUCAUAAACAUUUAUAAUAUAUAUUUAAAAAAUUAGACUGUUUUAUUCAUUUUGGUCGCAAAAUUUACAAAAACAUAUA